UUUUAUUUGGAGAUUGCAGAGGGCGCUAGUGAUUAUCUAUAGUUUAGCCAAUGAAAUAUGAAAAGGAUUUUGCCGGACUUGGUUCAAAUUCUCGUGCGUUAGUCGCUAGGGAAAAUUUAAAACUGAAUUUUCUUUUACUUUGUACCUUGUGGAAUCUAAAGGUUGAGCACAGGAAAGAGGAAUAUGUCGGAGGAGAAAAUCAUUCCUGUUAGGGUAGCAUUAAGAAGUCGUCCACUAGUGAGUAAGGAAAUAGUUGAAGGAUGUCAGUCCUGCCUUUAUUUUGUUCCUGGAGAGCCACAACUUGUUGUUGGAAAAGAUAAGGCCUUCACAUUUGACCAUGUUUUUUCUCCAGAAAACACUCAGGAGGAAGUUUACACAAAGGUGGUCAAGAAAUUGAUAGACAACCUAUUUAUAGGAUAUAAUGUUACAGUGUUAGCAUAUGGUCAAACUGGUUCUGGGAAAACUUACUCAAUGGGAACAGCCUAUAGCAUUUCUGCUGAAGAUGAUGAAUCCAAGAAGGGAAUAAUUCCCCGAGCAAUUUGUGACAUCUUUGAAGGAAUCUACAAAAGGACAGAGAGUGAAUUUUUGAUAAAAGUUUGUUUUCUUGAAAUACACAAGGAAGAAAUAUAUGACCUGUUUUCCAAGACAAGAGACAAAGAUGUUGUCAGUAUCAGAGAAGAUUAUGGGGGGAUCAAGAUUGUUGGUCUAACAGAACUACCGGUUAGCAGUCCAGAGCAGACGUUGAAGCUACUUGAGCAGGGAUCGUUAUGUCGAACCACAGCAUCCACAAACAUGAAUGCACACUCAUCUCGUUCUCACGCUAUAUUCACUAUAAUUGUAGAACAACGUAAAAAGGAUGAUUCAGGAGACUCUGUUACUGCAAAAUUUCAUCUUGUUGAUCUUGCUGGCUCCGAAAGGGCAAAGAAAACUAAGGCUCACGGAGAGAGAUUUAAAGAAGGAAUUAACAUCAACAGAGGGCUUCUGGCUUUGGGAAAUGUCAUCAGUGCGCUUUGUGACGACAGUGGCCACAUUCCGUACAGAGAUUCUAAACUCACUCGUCUCCUUCAAGAUUCUUUAGGUGGCAAUAGCCACACAGUAAUGAUAGCUUGUGUUAGUCCAUCUGAUUCCAAUCUUGAUGAAACAGUAAAUACUUUGAGGUAUGCUGAUCGAGCAAGAAAAAUAAAAAACAAGCCUGUUGUCAACAGGGACCCUCAAACAGCAGAACUUGUUCGUCUGAAGCAGAUGGUUCAAGAACUACAAGUUCAGCUCAUUCAGGGCAAUAACUCAUCUGCUGGUCAAGCAGCAAAUUCUGAACUCCAACUGCUGUUGCAAAGGAACAAGCAAUUAGAGGUGGAGAACAAACGAUUGACACGGGAGUUGCAGGCAGCAUUGGACCAGACCACCAACCUUUGUGAAAAGGCAUUUGUGGCUGAAAUUGCGAGAGAACGACUCAAGCAGAAACUCGAAGAACUGAAAGAGCAGACUGGGAUCACUUUUGAUGCUAUCAACCAAACUUUUGAUGACCAGAAUAAUUCUGAAUUCAGAGAGAAGCUGGAUUUAGUAAAAGAUCUACAGAAGAAGAUAAUAGACUUACAGGCUGAGCAAUCCAAGAAAGAUCAGGAAUACAUUCUUUACUCACCAGAUAAGUCAAAGAAGCAGAACUCCCGAGAACUCGCCAACAGCUUUGUAACAACAGAAGAUGAUGGAUGUAACCCUGAGGAGAAAGAGUACAGAUUAGAAUGUACGUUACGACAUGCUGCCAUGAGUAGAGAGCUGCAGGAGUUAGACAAGGCUCUUGCUUUGAAGGAAGACUUAGCCAGCAGAAUGCAGGAGAGUGAAUGUCAUAUGGAUGUCCUUCGACUACAAUAUGAGAGUAAUCUCCGCCAGUUGGAAGAAGAAGUUACUCAGUUGCAGAAAGAAAAGGAAGAACUGUCUUUAACUUUAAGAGCAGUUCAGACUAAUGUUACGUCAAAAAAGGUUAGUGAACAGCGCAGAAAACGACUUCAAGAAUGUGAAACGCAAAUUUCUCAACUGAAGAAAAAAAUGGUGGAGCAUACAAGAAUGCUGAAAAUGAAGGAAGAAGCAGAUAAGAAAGUCAAAAAUCUUCAACAAGAAAUUACGAGUAUGAAGCAGAAUCGUGUGAGGCUCCUUAGACAAAUGAAAGAAGAGGCAGAAAAGUAUCGUCACUGGAAACAAGAAAAAGACAGGGAAGUUGCCAAGCUUCGCCAGCAGGACCGCAAAAGACAAUUUGAGCUAGUUAAAAUGGAAAAAAUGUUCUCCAAACAGCAGACUGUUCUUCGGCGAAAAAUGGAAGGUGCCGUGGCAGCAAAUCGUCGAUUACAGGAAGCCUUGCUACAACAGAAAGCUGUCUCAGAGAGACGGGGAAAAGAGAAAGAACAAAGUAUGCAAGGAGUUGGAUCACGUGUCAGGCAAUGGCUGAACCAUGAAUUGGCUGUAGUUGUGAGUAGCAAGGAGGUUGAACACCAUCUACAAAAUCUUAUAGAUGAUAGAACCAUUUCUGAAGAACUAAGUCAAGUUAAGAUCCAGCUAGACAAAGAAGAACCCCCAAACAAGAUACCAGUAAGUGAGGACCACCAGGAAUCUGAAGCCUCUGAUUCUGAAAAAGGAGGAGUUCUUUCCAGAGUUAAAAAUCUGGAAAACGAACUAGAGCUUCGUAACAUUCAAAUAUCUGAUCUGCAACAGAAGAUCUUAGAUGCUGAUCAAGGCUUAUAAUAACGGCUGAUCGCAGGCCCCUACCUUCCACUCUAGCCUGUCACAUUUCUGAAUGU